CGCUUCACAUGAGUGAGAUGAGGUCAGGUGAAUUGUAUUGGCAGCUUACAGAUUCUUUAUUUAAAUGUUUAGAGUGACCUGUGACUGAUGAUGCCUCUUACAACAGCGGUGGCAAAGACUCUAAACUCUGCCGCUAUACUUGAUGUGUGUUCUCACUGUUGGAAGUUUAGAGCUCAAACAUGGUGCAGGUGGAGGUUACAAGGAAAAAGAUAUUACAGUUUUCUACCAGAUGAUGUUAAGUCAGUGCGAUCAGUGGUCAAUCCGGAUAUAUCAAAAAUCCGCAAUAUUGGUAUCAUGGCUCACAUUGACGCAGGGAAGACCACCACCACAGAGAGAAUGCUGUAUUACUCAGGAUACACCCGGUCAUUGGGAGAUGUUGAUGAUGGAGACACUGUAACAGAUUUUAUGGUUCAAGAAAGGGAGAGGGGAAUUACAAUACAGUCUGCUGCAGUCACCUUCGAUUGGAAAGACCACAGGAUCAAUCUCAUAGACACCCCUGGGCACGUGGAUUUCACGCUGGAAGUGGAGAGAGCUCUGCGGGUCCUGGAUGGGGCCGUGGCUGUGUUUGAUGCUUCAGCCGGAGUGGAGGCCCAGACCCUAACAGUGUGGCGGCAGGCUGACAAGCACCAUGUGCCACGAAUCUGUUUCCUGAACAAGAUGGACAAACCGGGAGCCAGCUUAAGAGAUUCGGUUGAGAGCAUAAAGAAGAAACUUAAAGCCAAUCCAGUUAUUGUUCAGAUGCCCAUUGGCAGAGGUAAAGGCUUCACCGGAUUGGUUGAUUUAAUCACCAGUCAGCGAAUGACAUGGCAUCAGUCUGACGGUGACGGUCGGGUAUUUGAGACAAAACCCCUGGACUCGUCAGAUGACCCAGAAUUCCUGAGGAAUGCCAGGGAUGCCAGGAGUAACCUGAUUGAACAGGUUGCAGACCUGGACGAUGAGUUUGCCGAGCUGUUGCUGGGGGAGUUUGGUGACAACUUUGACGCUGUUCCACCUGGAAAACUGCAGCAGGCGAUCCGGCGGGUGACCCUGUCACAGAAGGGCGUCCCCGUGCUCUGUGGAAGUGCCCUGAAAAACAAGGGAGUGCAGCCGCUGCUCGAUGGCGUGACGGCCUACCUCCCGGCACCUAGUGAGCGCCACCACGACAUGCUGCGAUGGUACAAUGAUGACCUUUGUGCCCUGGCCUUCAAGGUGGUGCAUAAUAAACAGCGGGGGCCCCUAGUGUUUGUCCGCAUAUACUCAGGCACUAUGAAAACCCAGUCUGCCGUUUACAACAUCAACAGGAACAACACGGAGCGGAUGAGUCGCCUGUUGGUGCCGUUUGCAGACCAGCACGUGGAGAUCCCCUCCCUCAUGGCCGGAAACAUCGCCCUGGCGGUCGGCCUUAAGCAGACUGUCACAGGGGACACUAUCGUGGCCUCCAAGGCAUCUGCAUCUGCAGCAGCCCACCAGGCCCUGGGCGAUGACAAGCAGCCUGCAGACUCAGAUGAGAAGCCCAGAAGGCUGAUCCUGGCUGGGGUGGAGGUCCCAGACCCAGUGUUCUUCUGCACCAUUGAACCCCCAACUAUGUCCAAGCAAACAGACCUUGAACAUGCUUUGACCUGUCUUCAGAGGGAAGACCCAAGUCUCAAGGUUAAAACAGACCCAGACUCUGGACAGACGAUCCUCUGUGGCAUGGGGGAGCUUCACAUCGAGAUCAUCCAUGACCGAAUCAGGAGAGAGUAUGGCAUCAACACCUACUUGGGCCCUCUGCAGGUCGCCUACAGGGAGACCGUUCUCCAGCCAGCAUCGAGCACAGACACCCUAGACCGAACCCUGGGAGACAGGCGACAUGUGGUGACAGUGAGCCUGGAAGUCAGUCCCCAGGAAGACGCCGUCAGCCAUGUGGCCUUCGGGGAGGGUGUGGGGGACCAGCUGGCGACUGAAAUCAAGGAUGCCGUGCAGAAUGGCAUACACAGCGCUUACCUCCAAGGUCCACUGCUGGGAUUCCCCGUGCAGGGCGUUUCCACGGCGGUGCAGGCCGUCAGCGUGCAGUCCGGCACCUCUAUGGCCAUGGUGUCGGCCUGCGUGUCCCGCUGCAUGCUGAAGGCCAUGAAGCAGGCAGGGGGGCAGGUGCUGGAGCCGCUGAUGAGCCUGGAGAUCGCGAUGGUGGAGAGCCACCUGAGUGCCGUGCUGGGGGACCUGGCGCAGAGGCGCGGCAGCGUGCGGGACAUCCAGAGCCGCCUGGACAGCAAGGUGGUCUUGGCCUCUGUGCCGCUGGCGGAGACCAUGGGUUACUCCACCGUGCUGCGCACGCUAACGUCAGGCAGCGCCACCUUCUCCCUGCAGCUGGACAGCUAUGCAGCCAUGAGCACGGAGCAGCAGCGCACCCUCAUCAACAAGAUGGCAGGCCUGCUGUGAUGGCAGGCCUGCUGUGAGAGCAGCGAGGCCGGGCCCCGCCAGCACCAGCGCACCCUCAUCAACAAGAUGGCAGGCCUGCUGUGAGAGCAGCGAGGCCGGGCCCCACCAGCGCACCCUCAUCAACAAGAUGGCAGGCCUGCUGUGAUGGCAGGCCUGCUGUGAGAGCAGUGUGAGCCUCGCCUGCACUCUCACCCAGCAGAAGGACCCCGUCUCCCGUGUAAACCCUGUGCGACCGGCCAGGAGCCUGCUGACGCACUGCCAGGGCCAAAGCCUGCUGCGUAUGUCUCACUAAAUGCUGGACAAAGAGUACCAAGCAUAUUUAUGCAGAACAUCCAAAACCUCAGCAUUCAAAUUACCGCAUACAAUAAAAUAUUUGAAGGGUCUUUAA